AUAUCACUCUGACAUAGGAGGACAAAAAUCUCCAAGCUUUCCUGUUUUAGAAGCUAACAAUGAUGUUCACUGCCCUGCGCUGGGUGGUACUGGUGGCCUUCAUCACAUUGACCAUUUGUGGAAACGUGCUGGUUUGUCUGGCUGUGGCCACCAGUCGGCGUCUGCACCAGAUUAGUAGCUGUUUUAUACUUUCACUAGCCGUAACAGACUUGCUGCUGGGUUUGCUGGUGCUUCCACUGUCUGCCAUGCUGGAAUUGCGCAAUGGAAGAUGGCCUCUCGGGGGUGUUUUUUGCAAUAUCUACAUCUCUCUGGAUGUUAUGCUCAGCAGUGCUUCAAUCCUCACUCUACUGGCCAUUAGUGUUGAUCGUUACCUUGCCAUUUCUAAGCCUCUCUGCUAUCCCAGGAGGGUCACACCUCGUCGGGUGGCGAUCAGUCUGACUGCGAUCUGGACGUGUUCUCUGGCUGUGUCCUUUGUGUCUAUUAACCUAGGCUGGAACACACCUGACUUCAGAGUGCAAAAUCUGGACUGGGACAUGUGGGAUGAAGGAGAGGAAGGCAGGACCUGCCGCUAUGAAUGGAAUAACAAAUAUGUGCUGCUGAAAGCCUUUCUAAUCUUCUACCUCCCUCUGCUGGUCAUGUGUGGAAUGUACCAUCGUAUAUUCUGUGUUGCACGUGAGCAGGUGCGGCGUAUACGUGCAACCACUCCUUCAUUUGCGCAGGCUGCAAAAGCAGUUGCCACUGCACGGGAACACAAAGCCACAGUGACCCUGGCCGCAGUGCUUGGCGCUUUUGUCAUUUGCUGGUUCCCCUAUUUCACCUACUUCACAUGCAUGGGUAUGUGGGCAGAGGUCCACCCAAACAAAUUGACCUACUCUAUCGUUCUGUGGUUGGGAUACCUCAACUCUGCUCUGAAUCCUAUUCUUUACCCAGCCUUAAACCGGGAUUUCCGUCGGGCAUGCGGACAGCUCCUCUGCUGUAGACGCAGCAAUCAGGGGGAACUGCCGUUUGUUCACCCCUUUUAAAUGAACACGUUCAAAUCUUUUGGCACUAGUGAUUAAAAACUCAUCUGUCCACUAUUAGUAUGCAACUAUCAAAAACAAUGCAAUGUAAAAUCAUGCUCUUGAAAUAAUUCAGUUUGUUAUCAUAAUAUAGUCCACUGAGCAUGAUUUAAAGUGGUUGCUGCUUAUUUAAAGGAUCUCUCUGGUAACAGUAUCUCUGACAAUUUUCUUAAAACAACAAACUGUAAGAAUUGUGAAUCACACAGUUUUUACCUUAUUUA